GUCGAGGACGCGCUCCUCUACCUGGACCAGGUCAAGGCGGAGUUCGGCGACGAGCCCGAGAUCUACAACGAGUUCCUCGAGAUCAUGAAGAGCUUCAAGAGCCAGGAGAUCGACACGCCGGGCGUCAUCGCGCGCGUGUCGACGCUCUUCGAGGGCUACGGCAAGCUCAUCUACGGCUUCAACACGUUCCUGCCCGAGGGCUACAAGAUCGACGUGCCC